AAAAGAGGGAGAAAUAUUUUUGUGUGAUAAUUUCAUUUUUAUAUUUGAAAAUCGAUUGGCUCGGUGCAUAUAAUGGAUCCGGUUUUUGUUGAUUCAUUCGGUUGGAAAUUCAGUGAAAGCUUAUUGAAAACAGAGACGUAUUAAUAUUGCAUUUGCUGAUUGUUAUCCUCUUCAUCAAACCACCUUGGGCAAUACAAUGGCUUCAACCAAUGGAGAAACCGAUCAGGUUUUGGUGGAAGAGAGAUCAUGUGGGAGGAUUUUUAUAUUGAACAGGCCUAAGCAGCUUAAUGCACUUUCGGCUGUAAUGGUGUCUCGUUUGUUGGAGCUUUUUCUUUCUUGCGCAGAAGAUUCUUCUGUCAAAUUCAUAAUUGUAAAGGGAAAGGGGAGAGCAUUCUGUGCCGGAGGUGAUGUAGCAGCAGUUGUUUAUGAUAUUAAUCGAGGUAAUUGGAAAUCGGGUGCCGAAUAUUUCAGAAAGGAAUUCACAUUGAACUAUGUCAUAGCUACAUACAUCAAACCCCAGGUUUCAAUUCUUAAUGGAAUUGUCAUGGGAGGAGGAGCAGGUGUUUCUGUACAUGGUAGAUUCCGCAUUGCCACGGAGAAAUCGCUUUUUGCUAUGCCCGAAACAGCUUUGGGACUUUUUCCAGAUAUUGGUGCCUCCUACUUUUUGUCAAGACUCCCUGGAUUUUUUGGAGAGUAUGUUGGUCUGACAGGUGCAAGGUUAGAUGGCGCUGAAAUGCUUGCAUGUGGUCUGGCAACUCACUUUGUUCAAUCAGAGAGCUUGCCAUUGUUAGAAGAAGCACUUGUAAAAGCAGCUACCAGUGAUCCAAUGGUUAUAUCUUCUGUAAUUGAAGGAUUUUCAAAUGCUCCGAAUUUGAAGAAGAAUAGUGCUUAUCACAGGUUGGACGUCAUCAACAAAUGCUUUUCUCGAAGAACAGUCGAAGAUAUUAUUCAAGCUCUUGAAAGGGUGUCCGCUGACAAGAAGGACGAUUGGAUCUCUUCCACCAUUCAGUCACUGAAGAAAGCUUCCCCUAUGAGCCUUAAAAUUUCUCUGAGAUCGAUUAGAGAAGGAAGGCUCCAGGGCAUUGGCAAAUGCCUUGUCCGAGAGUUUAGAAUGGUUUGUCACGUGAUGCUCGGAGAAGUCAGCAAGGAUUUCGUUGAGGGAUGCAGAGCUAUACUAGUGGACAAGGAUAGAAAUCCAAAGUGGGCGCCCUCAAAGCUAGAGUCGAUCAGUGACAAAAUGGUGGACCGUUACUUCUCCAAGGUGGAUGAUGCUGACUGGGAAGAUCUGAAACUCCCUGUAAACUUUAGGUUGCCUGCUUAUGCCAUUGCUAAGCUUUAAAGUUUAUUCGUCAGUGACUUGUAUGAUUUGGUACAAAAUAUAUAACAUUACAUAAAUUAACCUCAAAUUAGAACCAUAGAACGUUAUCCCAUGAUAGUGUAUUGAUUGCAUCAAGAAUGGUUCUUCAUUUAUCCAUAUGGUGACUCAAUGUAGUA